AAUUAAAUAAUCAACAAUUACAUGAACGUGUAUCUGUUGAUUAUCUUCAGUUUGCUUCUUAACCUUUCUUAUUUCUUAUCAUAGUAUAAGUUGGAUUGUACUGGAAUAAACAAGCGUACUACCUUCGUGGCAACGGACAUUCAAACAAUGACGUUUUCUCAUAUGUGCAAAUAUGUCGUAGUCUUAAUAAUUAUUCUUUAUUCUCGCAAAGCUCAUGGCCAGAUGCAAAACUCUGAUGGGCUGCUGGGAACAAUCAAGCAACAGGGAGAGUUAUUGACCAGUUUAAAAGAAAAGGUGGACGAACUGACCCGAACUGUGAAUGAGUUUCGAAUAAAAGCCAAAGGACAGGAAAAAACAAUUAAAGAACUUUCGAUUAAAAUUGAAUCUCAAAACUCGGAAAUACAAGUCUUACACAAUAUCAUAAAUAAUAUGAAGGAAUAUCCCAUUUUCAAUUCCAUGAACAGUCCUGCCAUAGAAGUGGAUAAUAAACGAAAUGGCUGGAGUAUAGCAAAUGUUUUGAUAAGUUCAGAAUGGCAGAAAACGCAGUACCACCAAAACGAAAAUAGCAAGGGACCUUCUUCAAGAGAACUUCGCCUUCUUUCGCAGAGUUUUCCAGACAAUGAUCUACACAACCAAUGCGCAUUCUACUCCUAUAUGAGCACAGACGAACACACAUUGGCCCCUCACCAUACACUUAUUUUUGAUGUUGUGAAGACAAAUAUAGGAGAUUCUUAUAAUAAGUAUACUGGCGUUUUCACUGUUCCUGCAAAUGGCUUGUAUGUGAUAACGUGGAAUAUCUACUCAGACGCCCACAGUUAUGCCUUUUCAAACCUUAUCAUCAAUCAAAACAUAUGGAACAGUGCCCUGGCAAACUCGUAUGACAAUGGUGAUCGCCAUGCAUCUACUGGUAUAGUCGUUGCCCAUCUGAAUAAAGAUGAUGUUGUUUUUGUUAAAACGCACGAGACCGUGUCUGGCGUUGGAAAUAUAGAAAGCUCAUCGGAUGCACGAUCAACAUUUUCUGGAUGGAGACUUAACUAGAUAAACAUGAACACUCAGCAAAAGAAUCAUUUUGACAAUAAAUUUUGCUGUAAAGAGUCAUGUUUUAGAUAAUCAGUUAGACGAUUAUGAUUUUCUUCUCCCAAAAAUUAAUUCUUAUCUUUAGAAAGCGAUUUUCAAA